AUGGCUAAGAAUGGAAUUAAGAAAUCUCCUGUUGUUGAGAGUAAGAAGAAGGAUGUUACUACACUGAAAAAGAGAAAGCCAGUUGAAGAAGAAGUAGAAGAAUCUGAAUCCGAUGAUGAAAUUAAUGUACAAGGUUUAAUCGAUGCAGAUGAUGAUGACGAUGAAGAAGAGGAAGUUGAAGAAGAAGAAGACGAUGAAAAAGCCGACGAGGAAGAAGAUGAUGAAGAAGAAGCAAGUUUGGCUGAUUCCGAAGAAGAAUUAAAUCAAUUAUUAGGAGAAGAAGAAGAUCCAAGUGAUUAUGAAUCUGAAGAUUUUUCCGAUGAACCAAAAGAUGAUAUAUCAGGAAUUAAUAUUAAAUCAUUAUCAGUUUCUGAUGCAGAUACUACUGUUACCAAAUUUUCUGAUGGUACUACUAGAAUUUUAAAACCAGAAAUUGAUCCUAAAUAUGAUAGUGAUGAUAGUGAUAAAGAAAAUUUCAAUACUAUUGGUAAUAUUCCAUUUUCUGCUUAUGAUGAAAUGCCACAUAUUGGGUAUGAUAUUAAUGGUAAAAGAAUCAUGAGACCAGCAAGAGGUUCUGCGUUAGAUCUGUUAUUAGAAUCUAUUGACUUACCAGAAGGUUGGACUGGGUUAUUGGAUCAAAAUACUGGUACUUCAUUGAAAUUAACAUCUGAAGAAUUAGAAUUGAUUAGAAAAAUUCGUGCUAAUGAAAAUGUUGAUUCAAAUAUUGAUCCAUAUGAACCUUUAAUUGAUUGGUUUACUAAAGAUGAAGAAAUCAUGCCUGUUACUGCUGUUCCUGAACCAAAGAGAAGAUUUGUUCCUUCCAAACAUGAAGCUAAGAGAGUUAUGAAGAUUGUUAAAGCAAUUAGAGAAGGUAGAAUUAUUCCACCUGAUCAAGUUAAAGAAAAAUUAGAUGAAGAUCAAUAUAAUUUCGAUCUUUGGCAAGAUGAAGUUGAAGUUCCUGAUCAUAUCAUGACUUUAAGAGCUCCUAAAUUACCACCUCCAACUAAUGAAGAAAGUUAUAAUCCACCAGAAGAAUAUCUUUUAACUGAAGAAGAAAAGGCUAAAUGGUUAGAAGAAGCUCCAGUUGAUAGAGAAAGAAACUUUUUACCACAAAAAUACAAAUCUUUAAGACAAGUUCCAGGUUACCAAGAAUCUGUUAGAGAAAGAUUUGAAAGAUCCUUAGAUUUGUAUUUGGCUCCAAGAGUACGUCAUAAUAAAUUAAAUAUUGAUCCAGAUAGUUUAAUUCCUGAUUUACCAUCUCCAAAAGAUUUGAGACCAUUCCCUAUUCGUUGUUCUACUAUAUAUGAAGGUCAUACUGGUAAAAUUAGAACUGUUUCCAUUGAUCCUCAAGGUUUAUGGUUAGCUACUGGUUCUGAUGAUGGUAGUGUUAGAAUCUGGGAAGUUUUAACUGGAAGACAAGUUUACAAAGCACAAAUAAUAAAUACUGAAAUUAAUAAUGAGGAUCAUAUUGAAAGCUUGGAAUGGAAUCCAGAUUCAACUACUGGUAUAUUAGCAGUAUGUGCUGGUGAAAAUAUUUAUUUGAUUGUUCCACCAAUUUUUGGAUUUGAUAUUGAAAACACUGGUAAAUUAAGAAUUGAAAGUGGUUGGGGUUACGAUACUUUUGGUAACAAGAAGAAAGAUCUUAAAAUGCCAGGUGAAGAUGAACAAGAUCUUGAUGAUGAUGAUGAUGAAGAAAAAGAAUCUAAAACCAUUGAACCAAAGAAGGAAGUUGCCAAAUGGUUCCCACCAAAUAGUGAACAAACAACCAUGGGUGUAUCUGCUGUUAUUCAAUGUCGUAAAACUGUUAAGAAAAUAUCAUGGCAUAGAAAAGGUGAUUAUUUUGUUACUGUUUCUCCAGAUAGUCAUAAUACUGCUGUUUUAAUCCAUCAAAUUUCUAAACAUAUUUCACAAUCACCAUUUAGAAAAUCUAAAGGUAUUAUAAUGGAUGCUAAAUUCCAUCCUUUCAAACCACAAUUAUUUGUUUCAUCACAACGUCAAAUUAAAAUCUAUGAUUUAGCUCAACAAGUUUUAUUGAAAAAAUUAAUGCCUGGUGUUAGAUUAUUAUCUACAAUUGAUAUUCAUCCUCGUGGUGAUAAUUUAAUUGCUGGUUCUUAUGAUAAAAGAGUUACAUAUUUCGAUUUGGAAUUAUCACAAACUCCAUUUAAAAAACUUAGAUAUCAUGAUAUGGCAAUUAGAUCAGUUGUAUAUCACAAAGGUCAAUUACCUUUAUUUGCAACUGGUUCAGAUGAUGGUACUAUUCAUAUUUUCCAUAAUUCAGUUUAUGAUGAUGCUAACCCUUUGAUUGUUCCUUUGAAAAAACUUACAAUGGGCAAUUGGGUUUUGGAUUUGGUCUGGCAUCCAAAACAACCUUGGAUUUUUGCCGCUGGUGCUGAUGGUAAAGCAUACUUGUAUACUAAUUAG